AUGCUGGCCAACCGUCUGUGCUGUCUCGGUCCCUUGACGGUCGUCCAGGCGGUUGAGUCUGGGAGGGUCCUACUCCCUUGCCACGUGGCGCCUCCGGUGCCCACCGACGAAACCAUCCUGAUCCUAUUCUACCACGGAGCUAUUGGGACGCCCAUUUUCAGCAUCGACGGGCGCAACGGGCCUAUCAAGCGCGCCCCCCACUGGGCGGACGAGGCCACGCUCGGCUCGCGGGCGUACUUCGACAUGUCCGCCGACCCGCCCGGCCUCGUGCUCAACCCCGUGAAGGCGGCGGACCACGCAGAGUACCGCUGCCGGGUCGACUUCCGCUCCUCGCCCACGCAGAACGUCAGGGUGCAGCUCGAGGUCAUAGUGCCCCCCAAGCGCAUCCGAAUAAAGAGCGAGGUGGGGAUGGAGGUCAGCGGCGUGAUCGGCCCGUACCCCGUCGGCGCCUCCGUGUCCCUGGUGUGCGAGGUGGAGAGCGGACGACCUCGCCCCAGCGUGUCCUGGUUCCACGAGGGGUCACUCCUGGAUGACGUCAGCGAGGUCAAACGAGGGGAGAUCACGACGAACACGCUCACCAUCGCCUCUCUGACCCGCGCUGACCUGUAUCGAGUCCUCACUUGUCAGGCUUCGAACUCUAACCUUUCUACACCCGUGGCGGCUACAGUGACCCUUGACAUGAGCUUCCCUCCGCUGGACGUCCGAAUCCUGGGCUCGAUGGAGAGUCUGAGUGAGGGCGAGCGCUACGAGAUCGUGUGCGAGUCCUCGGGCUCCAGGCCGACGGCGACGAUCUCCUGGUGGAAGAAUGGCAUGCUCAUGACGGACACCAAGAGCGAGGUAAGCGAUAACCCUCAGAGCUCAGCAGGGAGGAUCUCGUCUGCUGGAUUCAUGUCCGCCACGCCAGGCCCCGGCCAUGCCGCUGAGGCCAACAUGAGCCCAGCGAAGUUACGAACCAUGUUGGAGGCGCGAAGCAACACCUCCUGGGGGGCGGGGCUGGGGACUGAGCGGCGGAUCCCGUGGCGGGCGUCGGUGUUCCACGAGGGGAAUGUCAGCAGGUCGACCCUCUACCUGACGCCCUCCGUCGCCGACCACGACACCUACGUCUCCUGCAGGGCCAAGAACCCCCUGGUGCCGUCGGCCGUUCUGGAGGACUCGAAGAAGCUCAAUGUUCACUAUACCCCCCGCCUCACCCUCGCCCCUGGCCAGAACCUGGACAUGGAGGAUAUUGAGGAGAGUGAUGAUGUAUAUUUCGAGUGUGGAAUCCAAGCGAAUCCAAGGGUGUAUAAAGUCCAGUGGUUUCAUAACGGCGAAGAACUCAACCACAACGUCUCCGCCGGAAUCAUCCAGAGCAACCAAAGCCUCGUGCUCCAAAAGGUCACCAGAAAGUCGUCAGGGCAGUACACGUGCUCGGCAACCAACCUGCACGGCACCGGGGGAUCCAAUGCCGUGCAGCUCAGUGUGAAAUUCGCUCCCUUGUGCCGCGCCGGCCAGAAGGUCGUUUAUGGCGGAGGAAAGCAUGAGGAAAUCAACGUUACGUGCAGCGUGGAGGCACACCCGGAGCCCAAGUCCUUCAGGUGGGCCUUCAACACCUCCUCGGAGAUGGUGGACAUUCCUUCGAGCAGGAUCUGGGUGGUGGGGAAGGGGCGGAGUCAGGCGUCCUACACUCCCAGAACGCACCUGGAUUACGGUUCUCUCCUCUGCUGGGCCAACAACGACGUGGGGCGACAGCAGCAGCCUUGCAUUUUUCAUAUCAUUCACGCAGCGUCGCCAGAACCGGUCAACAACUGCACCGUCGAGAACGUGAGCUCGACGGGCGCCUCCAUCAGGUGCCUGGCAGGGUGGAACGGCGGCCUCGACCAGACGUUCACCCUGUCCGUCACCCACGCCCGCGCCCACACCCGCGCCCACGACAGGAAAGAGGCCCCGCGCGUCCUGGCCAACACGUCCACCUCGCCCAAGCCGGAGUUCACCCUCAGCGGACUCGAACCCGGGACGGAGUACGUGCUCACCAUCAUGGGCGUCAACAAGAAGGGCCAGAGCGAGCCCGUCAGGAUGGCCAUUUUCACCCUGAAGGACGUGGCCGAGAAGAGGACGAGUCCGGGUGAGGCGCUGCUGUCCGCGACUGUAUUGGGAAUUGCAUAUAGGUUGCAUAUCUGUAUUCUGCACUGA